AGUGUUUCAAGGCCUGAAUUGCAAUUGUUUAGAAUAGAGGGGCAUUUUUGGAGAUGGUAACUGGGCGGCGUUUUCUCAGGAAAUAGGAUUCGCCGGCUGUGUGAAUGAUGAUCUUGUGAGGGCCGGUGCCUUCCUCCGAGGAGUAGAAAUCGCAUCCCUUUCGCAUCGAGAAAUGUGUUAGGAAGAGGGAGCAUGGUCUUCGAGGUGAAUUCUUUACCGCCGCGGAACAGAUUUGGGAUUCGAUAAAGGAGGUUCCUUGAUCGUUACGGAAGAGAUGGCGAUGAUGAACAAAACACGCGACCUGAUCGAAGGGAUCGUGAGGGAGGCCUCGCAAAAAUGGGCGCUGAACCGGGAAACCUCCCUGAAGGACGAGAUCGAGGAGAUGUGCCAGUCGCCCUCCGGCCGGAGGAAGUGGAUCUCUCACCUUUCUCCCAUUGCAAACGUCGUCGUUGGCCGCUGCUCCCAAAUUCUCAAUGUUAGUAUGGAUGAGCUUCAAAGCAACUUUAAUUCAGAAGCAUCAGAAACUAUAAGGAGUUCCUCAAAUUAUGCAAGAAACUUCUUGGAAUACUCUUGCUUUAGAACCCUUGCUCUAUAUACUCAAGUCUCUGGCCACCUAUCAGACAAGGCCUUUCGGCGGUUGGCAUUUGAUAUGAUGUUAGCCUGGGAAGCUCCUUCAGCAGCAAGUCAGCCUACACUCAAGGUGGCUGAGAGAACUACAGGAUAUGAAGCCUUUUCUAGGAUAGCACCUGCCAUUCCUAUCAUUGCAGAUGUGGUUACCUGUACCGAUCUCUUUGAUGUGCUCACUUCUUCAACUGGAGGUCGACUUACUUUUGCAAUCUAUGAGAAAUAUCUAGGUGCAUUAGACAGAGCGAUAAAGAAGAUGAAAACCCAAUCUGAAUCAUCUCUUCUUUCGGAUCUUCGCCAUCGUAGAGAAGAAAGGAUACUUGAGGUGGAUGGAACAUUGACCACACAACCAGUGCUUGAACACAUAGGAACUGCUACAAGGCCUGGGAGAUUAAUACUGACGGACCAUGCUCUCUAUUUCGAAGCACUACGAGUUGUGACCUUUGAUAAACCAAAGGUAUAUGAGCUUGCAGAUGAUCUGAAACAAAGUAUCAAACCUGAACUGACUGGGCCCUGGGGUUCCCGUCUUUUUGAUAAGGCUGUUAUGUACAAGUCAAUUUCUCUAUUAGAACCUGUGAUCAUGGAGUUUCCUGAGCUUACAGGUCAUUUUCGUCGUGAUUACUGGCUAGCUAUUAUGCGAGAAGUUCUGUAUGCACAUAGAUUUAUUCAGAAACAUGCAAUUAAAGGUGUUGAGAAAGAAGAAACUCUUUCAAAAGCUGUUCUUGGUGUCCUACGGGUGCAAGCCAUUCAAGACUUAGUUUCGUCAGCUCAUGUCAAAUAUGAGACACUUCUGAUGUUCAAUUUAUGUGAUCAGUUUCCAGGAGGUGAUGUAAUAUUAGAAACACUAGCUAGUAUGAUAACCUCUCGGAGAUUGGACCGGACUAAUCAAUCCAGUUGUGGAAAUGGAAUGUAUUCUUUAUCUGCUUUGGGAAUUUUAUCAAAUCUAGGGCUUGUGUCACAAAUUUCGAUGGAAAACAAGCUUCUUGUCAGUGAAAUAGUUGUUGGGGAGAUGACUUCUUUAGAAAGGGCUGUCAAUGUUGCCAGAAUCAACUAUAAACACUUAGAAAAAGCACAAGCAUCAAUAAAUGGAGUCAAAGUAGAUGGUCUUGAUGCUAAAUUGGCAGUGAUGAAGGAGCUACUUCAACCUAUGAUUAAACUGCAGGAUUUCCUUAUUUCUGUGGCUCGUUGGGAUGAACCCAUUAAGUCUACUAUUUUCUGUUCUUUAUUUUGUUUCAUAAUUUGCAGGGAAUGGCUAGAAUAUGUUCUUGUUCUCUUACUUGUAUUUCUUGUUAUCUUCAUGCUGCUUACUCGAAUUAGUAAUCAAGGAAAGCCAAUUGAUGAGCUUAUGGUAAAGGCUCCACCUGCUAUGAGCAAAAUGGAGCAGAUAUUGGCAGUUCAGAAUGCCAUCUCCCAACUUGAAGAGUUGGUCCAGGACGGAAAUAUUAUUCUUUUAAAAUUACGAGCUUUGCUACUGGCUGUUCCUACCCAGGCAGCAAAUAAAGUCAUAUUUAUUCUGGUUUUAAUCGCAUUGGCGGUUGCUUUGCUACCUAUAAAAUUUAUACUCUUAAUGGCGUUUCUUGAAAUAUUUACACGGUACUCACCACCAAGAAGAGGCAGCACUGAGAAAUUGACAAGAAGAUUCAGAGAGUGGUGGUUCAGUAUACCUGCAGCUCAUCUUGUCAUAGAAGCAACUGAGGAAAAGAAAGAGAAGUGAACUUAGCCCCUUCAUGAUCAUCGUCCGGCCGGUAGUUCUCUUCCAGUGAAUUAGCAAUCCUGGUGUCCUUGCCUUCCAAAGUGGCUUCGAGCAAACAAAUAUAUUCACAAUUUGUUUAUUCUUUUAUUUUUUAUUCUUAUAUGCAAUAAAAAUAAUUUUGUUUCUUUGAAUAAAGCUGCUCUCUCACACAUUCUUCUUAAAAGAAUAAGAGAGCUCCAGUAAUCCUCCAGUCUGUAUUAAGUAAAUUUUGAAGUUACAAGAGCUAUCGAAAGAGACAUACAAAUUUGCAAUCAGUUAUGUAUUGGAACUGAUGUAAAUUUAUAAAGUUCAGACUGUAUGCGACUAGACUUGCAGUAA